AUGCAAGCGUGGGCCCUUCUCUCUGCGGUGCUCUGGUACCUCACAGGAGUUGGAUGCCAGCGUUCAUCCUUACUCAAUAAGAAAGGCUUCGUUUUUGGCAAGAUAGGACACCCAGUGAAAAUAUAUGUAAAAUUACAUCAAAAUAGCCCAGUCCUUAUCUGUAUGGAUUUGAAUCGUGCUAAUACAGAAACAGUGGAUCCCACCUACUUAUGGAUUGGGCCAAAGGAAAAGACAUUAACAGACAAUAGUCGAAUAAGUAUAACAGAAACGGGAAAGCUAAUGGUGAGAGAUUUUCUGGAGCCUUUGUCUGGACUUUAUUCAUGUACUCUUUCUUAUAAGACUGUCAAAGCAGAAAUCCAAGAAGAAACUACAAUAAAGAGGAGAUAUGAAUUUAUGAUCUUUGCCUAUCGGGAACCUGAUUAUUCAUAUCAGAUGGCUGUACGUUUUACUACAAAGUCCUGUGUAGGAAGAUAUAAUGACCUGCUCUUUAGAGUGCUGAGGAAAAUCUUGGAUAAUUUGAUCUCUGAUUUGUUGUGCCAUGUUGUAGAACCAUCAUAUAAAUGCCAUUUUGUUAAAAUUCCAGAACAUAGCCUUUUACAUGAGCUGUUCAUAGCUUUUCGAGUUGAUCCUUUUGCUCCAGGGUGGAAAAGUGCAUGCAAUGAUAGUGUUGACUGUGAAGAUAUCACUAAUCGUAAUAUCCUCAAGGCAAGAGACAGAAUAGAAGAAUUUUUUCGGAGCCAAGCGUAUACUUUCUAUCAUCGCCUUAAUAACACUGUACCAGCUAUGCAUUUUGUGGACCACAGUUUUCAAGUAGUACGUAUGGAUAGCUGUCGACCAGGCUUUGGAAAAGAUGAAGGUCUACACAGCAAUUGUGCUAGUUGUUGUGUGGUUUGUAGCCCUGGGACUUUCAGUCCUGAUGUUGAUGUUUCUUGUCAGAUAUGUGCUUCUACCCAGGUAUAUGGAGCUAAGUCUUGCCCAGAAACUUCAAACAAAAACCAGCCAGGCGAUGACUAG